CUCCUCCCUCCCUCCCUCCCUCCCGCUCUUUGUCUCCGGGGUGACCGGCAUCCCCACAAGCGCCCCCCGCGUUGCAUUAUUCCAGGCGACCCCCACGGACCUAGCCUUCGCGACGCUGCACAAAUCGGCCUGUGGCGCGAGAGUCCAAGAUCCGCGGGGCUUGGCGGGGGCGGGGCGGGAGGUGGCUCUGGUUCUCAGGCGCUCGCUCGUUCUCUCUCUCUCUCUCUCUCUCUCUCUCUCUCUCUCUCUCUCUCACACACACACACACACACACACACACACACACACACACGUACACGCACGCACACACGGAACAUCCUCCCGUCAGGUUUCCCGGUCCAGCCCCGCCCGCGUCUCCUGCUUCCCGCAGACCUCCCUGCAUCCUUACACACCUCGCCUCUCCAUUCUUUCCUGCUGGACCCUCCCCUCCAAUUCCCCCACAACACUCUGGGAUGGAGCGACUCGAGCCAGCCCGAAGUCCCCCGCGGCCGGGGUGAAUUGAAAGUCCUCCACCCCUCUCACACCCGGCACUCGCCUCGAGAACCAUGGGCCUGAGGGGUUCCCGGGGCGCUGGACGCUGAAAAUGACGGAUGCUGGAGCUCCCUGUGGACACUGUCAGUCUCUACCUCUGGGUCUGCUGGUUGCUCCUUCUGUUCCAUUCCCAGCUCUCUUGAGUCAUGGCUUCCUCAAAGCUCCGAGAACCUGUGGAUGAAGUUUUUGACCUGGACUUGGCUGUACCAGAGACCACCAGACUGGACAGCAGCUUACACAAAGCCCGGGCCCAGCUGCUGGCCAAGGGCCGGAGACACCGGCCUUCCCGCUCCAGACUACGAGACAGUGCCAGCUCUGCUGAGGAUGGGGAAGGCUCCGAUGGGCCCGGAGGCAAGGUGACCGACGGCUGCGGUAGCCCGCUGCACCGGCUGCGCUCGCCUCUGCACUCGGGCCCAGGCUCCCCCGCCAGCGGCUCUUUCUGCCUGGAGCCCCCCGGCUUGCGGCGCAGCCUGGAUGAGGACGAGCCACCGCCCUCGCCCCUCGCCCGUUACCGGCCCCUGCACAACGCUGCCUCGCAUGAGGGCCUGGCCGCCACCUCUGGCUCGCCUCCGUGCUCCGCACCCUCCUCGGACAGCUCCCCCAGCUUCGUGCGCCGCUAUGCCCGAGCAGAACCGCACAGUGAAGAUGACAGCCGGGAUACCAGCCCCCCUGAGCCUGCCAGCCCCACCAUCGGCUUGGAUAAGAGGACUCGCAGAAAAUUCCUGGACCUGGGGGUCACUCUCCGCCGAGCGUCCACUGGCAAGAGCCGGAAGGAGAAGGGUAGCAACCGACUGUCCAUGGGCAGCAGGGAAUCCGUAGAAGGUUCUGGAAGGACAGGGAGCUCCCCGUUCCUGCCCUUUUCCUGGUUCACAGACAGCGGCAAAGGCUCUGCUUCCUCAGGGAGCACCACCUCCCCGACCUGUUCCCCUAAACAUGAGGGCUUCAGCCCCAAGAAGUCAGCUUCCCAGGAAUCCACCCUGAGUGAUGACUCCACACCUCCCAGCAGCAGCCCCAAGAUCCCCAGUGGUCCUCGACAGGAGACCAAGUGCUCCUAUCCUUACCACACGUUGUCCCAGUCUUCAGAUGAGUUCCUGGACGAGUCCCUCCCUACUAUACAACACUGGACUAGCCAGCAGGUGGGCCAGUGGCUGUGCAGCCUCAACCUGGAACAGUACGCCGCUGAGUUUGCUGCCCGUCAGGUGGAUGGGCCGCAGCUCCUGCAGCUGGAUGGGAGCAAACUGAAGAGCCUGGGGCUUAGCAACUCGCAUGACCGGGCACUGGUGAAGCGGAAGUUGAAGGAGCUGGCAGCGGCUGCUGAGAAGGAACGGAAGGCACAGGAGAAGACUGCACGGCAGCGGGAGAAGCUGCGGCGCCGUGAGCAUGAGGCCAAGAAGAGCUAGGAAUGGCUGGCGGGGCUGGAACCCUGGUGCACUUGCAGCCACCUGCACGGGCCUCACCAGGGAAGUCGGGUCUAGGCACCAGGUUCUUGGGGCACAUGACCCCUCUCACCCUGUUUGAACCAAGUCCUCUGGAAGGAGAUCCCAGGGAGAAGGCCCAGUAAUAAACCCAGUUUCGAGGACUUGUUUGGCACAGAGUUCCAGGGGGAAGCAGGUGGCAGAUGAUGAGGGCAGAGGCCAGGAAUGCAGCAAAUCUGGAGCCCAGAGGAACCUGGUUCAAGCAGAACCUCUUCCCUCUGGUUACAGUGGUACUGAACAGGAAGUAAGCUGGCAGGAGAGGCCCUCCAUGACCAGGAUUCCUAGGCUUAGAGAGAAGCCUGGGCAUCCCGACAGGAGACAGGGCUGUGUCUCCUCAGCUCUUGAAGGUGGCUGUGUGGUGGGAAAGCAGUUCUCCUCAGAGAGGCCGGUGGGCACUCAGGGUAGAUUCUCAGACACCUCCUCAACGGAGAGAGGAGCGGGCAGUGGAGGGUAAGCUGGCCUCUGUAAGGGCUGCAGAGCGGGGACAAGGGGGCUCUUCUCUUUCCCCUUCACUACCCUGUAGGUUCUAGUGGGCGGGACGACACUGCUCCUCUCCCACUGGGUCACAGAACUAGAAUCCACUUCUUCACAGAGUGCUUCAGCCUCCUCUGGGCACAGGAUAAAUGGAGGCUGUUGGGGACACAGGACAUUCUCCCCAUGAGUGCCUAGAAGGCGCUGAACUGGUGACUUUCAUCACCCUAGCCGGGCAGGGGCACACUUGGAGGGUGGCCUAGAAGCUGCUACAUCAGAAGGGUCCAUCAGCUCCCAGGUUCCCUGGGUGUGUCAAGGUCUCAGUGGGCCUAGAACUGACAAACAUUGCUAGCUCAGGUUUGCUAGGUCACAGGGAGGACUGGGCCAGCCCUGGGUGGGUCUGGCACGUGUCCUUUGUAGGACACAUUCAGAGAUGGAGGGUCCCAGGUGCCGUGCUGACCCAGCCUCUCAGGUGCUGGUCAGUUACUGCUGGGCCCAGGAGGUUUCUGAGGAGAAACCUCCACCCCUCCCAGCUUCCUGGAGGGGUGGACAGGACCUGCAUGCUAACUCCCUCUCUCCUGCCUGGGGAAGCAGUUGAAGGCCAGGGCCCUGUGCUUGGGCUCAGUCAUCUGCACUGGGAGAGGGGCCUCAGAGGGAAACUAAGGUAUAAGGGCAUUGGCAUCUAGACUAUCUAUCUAGACUGGGUGGGGAGGGUGGAGGCCCUACUGUCCCUAAAGCUGUCAGGAGCCAAGUGUGCCCCACCUGCAUGUGAAGGGGAAGAUGGUUCUCAACUUCUUUCAAUAAAUACC